UGUGUGCAUAUAUUUGUGGCGUAUUGAUAAGAAAUUGGGCGUCUACGAUCGUUGGUGCUCUUUCUGUCACAAUAGAAGCCCACGUGACAUAUCCAGCGUUUUUUUUCUUUUGAACUAGCUGUCACAGGAACUUUACAGUCUUCGAUUUUGGAGCUGUCAUCCAUUGCAUCAAAAAGUGACUACUAAAGUGAUGGAGAACUCAAGAGAUUCUGCUGGAGACUGUAAAGAUGGCCCAUCUGUUGAGUACCUCAGCAUGUCUGGAGAUCCUGCUCAGGAUAAGAUGCUGCUGCAGCCCUUCCAGUACAUCUGCCAGAUGCCGGGGAAGCAGAUUCGCACCAAGCUGGCCCAGUCGUUCAACUACUGGAUGAACAUAGCGCCCGAUAAGCUGGCGGAGAUCGAGCAGAUUGUGGAGAUGCUACACAAUGCAAGCCUGCUGAUUGACGACAUCGAGGACCGGAGUAUCUUGCGUCGCGGCAUCCCAGUGGCCCACAGCAUCUACGGCAUGGCCAGCACCAUCAACGCCGCCAACUACGUCUACUUCAUGGGCCUGGAGCGGGCGCAGGCGCUUGGGCACCCCAAGGCGACCACGGUGUUCUGCGAGCAGCUGCUGGACCUGCAUCGGGGACAGGGAAUGGACAUCUACUGGCGGGACAACUUCCACUGUCCCACCGAAGAGGAGUACAGGCAGAUGACCAUCCGCAAGACGGGUGGCCUGUUCGGGCUGGCCACCCGGCUGAUGCAGCUGUUCUCCAGCUGCCAACACGACUUCAGCAAGCUCGCUUCCACGCUCGGCCUCUACUUCCAGAUCCGGGACGACUACGCCAACCUGUGUCUUGAAGAGUACGCGGAGAAUAAGAGCUACGCCGAGGACCUGACAGAAGGGAAGUUCAACUUCCCCUGCAUCCACGCCAUCACCAGUCGGCCGGACGACACGCGCAUCAUCAGCAUCAUCAGGCAGCGCACCACCGACAUCGAGGUGAAAAAGUACUGCAUCGUGCUGCUGAAGCAGUUCGGUUCCUUUGAAUACACCCUGGAGACGCUCAAGUGUUUAGAUGCUGAGGCUCGUGACCAGAUAAAGACGCUAGGUGGAAACCCCCAGCUGGAGAUGGUGUUGAACUCCCUCAAGGUGUGGUGAACAGCGCGGGCCCAGAGGCGGCGCGCGGGCAUCCGAGAGCGUCUUACGCCGGUGGUGGCCGGAGGAAGAGGUCCAGGAGGUCGAGGCAAAGCCUGCUGUCCUGGAGAAGAGGGCAUUCCUUGAUCAGCUACGGAUCAGCUACCGUGAUAGAUGUUUGAGCCUGUUGCGUUAGUUCCUGGUGUUGGUUGACCUCAGCACGGCCGUGCUAAGAGCACGGUGCCAUGUCGCUCGUUCAGUUCUCAGUGGUGUGUCAGCGACUUGAUUUCCAGACCGUCAACGGAUGUUUUAUUUUUGUAAGGCAGGUUUCCUCUGGCCAGGCGUUAAUCAGGGCUGCGCUUAGCGUGGUGUGAGUUAAACUGUUGCAGUUCUUUUUCGCGGUCAGUGGCGAUGUUUUGCUCCGUCUCUUACCUUGUUUUGACGCACAUACGACGAUAUUCCGUCCAUGCUUGGGAAGACUUGGGCCGAUGUCGCCCGGAUCAGAGGCGAAGAUUAGCUCGGUUACAGUUCCUGGUCCCCUUUCGUUGCCACAGAGCGAGGCGUCCGGUCUCUUAGCUAAGGGCGGUACGAGGGCGGUUCUCUUUGUGGGCCACGAACACGAUGAUUGGACGCAAAGACAGCGACCUGGCUCCUCCUAACUUGACAUCCCCUCCCCUUCCCCCUCCCCCCUGCACAGGUGGGUACCAUCGGCCAAAGCUGAACGUUUGCGAUCACGGCGUGAAUGAUCACUGCAUGAUCACCAAAUGAUCGCUGUGCCGGCGUGGUUUGCCGCGGGAGACGAGUCCCCACACCGAGGCGGACUUGGACAUUACGCCUGGAGGUGUUGCAUGCGAAGAGCCGAGUUCAAAACCACCGUGUCUCGCCAGCCUCUGACGCAAUGCAGCCAGCGUCUGCGUUUCGUAGUCUGGUGAAAUCGGCCCGCUUGAUCUGAACACGGUUUCUCGCCAUUGGCUAGUGGUACCGAGUGCAGCUGUCUGCCCGUGACGUCACAGCCGCUUGAUCAAAGCUCGGGUCUGUCCAGGGCUCCAUCAUACUAGCAGACAAUGUAGCAGCGCUUGAAGACGUGCCGGGCGUGCCGUCAUCGGUGCGCCGGGCGCGACGUCACGGGUGUACUGGGCGUGACGUCAUUGGUGUACCCGGCGUGGCGUCAUGGUGUGCCGGGUGUGACGUCGUCGGUUCUCAUUGGCAGGCUAGGAAUGUUUUAGCAGGGUUACGAGCGCCUUUAAGGCUAGAACUGGCCGCAAGAGCAUAGGGAUUGUGCGGGUAUCGUGAUCCCCCGCCAUUUUGAUCAUCGCGCUGAUGAAACGCGCUGAAACGCUCGCCGUGCCGUGGCGUUGAGGCAUCUGAUCUCGAGCAGUUGGGAGGUGCCAGGCUUCGCCCUGACGGUGGGAGGUAUAGCUGAGUCGUGCCAUUCCUGCCACGUCGGAGGGCUUCGAGGCCAUGUUGCCGCAGUCACAUCGGACGGCGAAGUCAAUGACCACUACCUGUACGAUUUCGUGGUGUGGGGUUGGCUUUCAGGUGUUGCUUUUGAAGCGUGUCAUGGCAAUGUCCGGCGCUUGUCAUCGCCAGCUACCAUGGCAAUGUCCGGCGCUUGUCAUCGCCAGCUACCAUGGCAAUGUCCGGCGCUUGUCAUCGCCAGCUGUUAUGGCAAUGUCCGGCGCUUGUCAUCGCCAGCUGCCAUGGCAAUGUCCGGCGCUUGUCAUCGCCAGCUGCCAUGGCAAUGUCCGGCGCCUGUCAUUGCCAACUGCUCUCUGCUUUGCCCACUUGGCAUGGCAUGGGCUUGGCUUGACAUGGCCGGACCAAAGGGAAGGAACCUAGGGGGUGUGGGCAUAUACCCUGGGUUGGGUUUGCACGGAUAUUUCUCUAAGAGGGAGAAAUUUGGCCCGUAAAAUGGCUUAGGGUUCCAAGAGCAUAUUAGUCAGCAAAGACAUGAACGUGCCCCAGUAUCCGACGCCUUGUGAUAAAUAUUGUAGGAACUUGGCACAAUGCAGGCAUGGAGCAUGAUGCACACAUUCACACGUUAUGUUCGUGGCGCCGUUUGCCGCCCUAUGUCUGAAAGGUUUAAUUGACCCUCCCCCCCCCCCACGGAAAAAUCCUGGAUCCGCCUCUGACGGUUGUGAGUUACACGGUAGCAUUGAUUUCGCGGGUCUCACUGUGACAUGUGGUGCCCGCGUGUUACCCCCGGCCUGAUCGUGCGCCGUGAGUGGUGUUGGCUGUUGAUGUAUUUACUGAAAUACAUGUGUGCAAUGAU